GGGUGCGGAUAAAAAAAAAUUGAGUAUAUAACCCCAGAUUUAUCUCAUAGUAAUUAAAGCAUCGCUCAAGGUAUACCCCUCUUAUAAACAAAUCAAGUUGGAUAGUGUAGCACAUAAUGUUAACUCCGGAGAGGUUAGUAAAGUUGGCAUACCAUUAUCCCAAGCUUCAUAACACUUGGUAUUUGGUGGCAUGUGCAUGUUUAACUGUGAUCAAUCAACCUCAAGAAAUCCCUAAAGUAUUUCAUUUUGCCUUAAGACAACAAUUAUUGGAAUAUUCUGGUGAUGAAGGACUUUUAACAGAUCAAUUUCUCAUUAAACUUGCUCAAGAUUCUAUAUCUUCACUGGAUAAAUUUCAAGAUUUUUCAGCCGUUGGUGUUCAUUUACCUGAUGUUUUAAUUCCUUAUACUUACUAUAAUAAACUUCCAUUAAGGUAUAAAUUUUCAAAGACUGAAGAUAUUCAUGCUACACAAUCGGCUAUAGCUGCUAAAUUUAGAGAAGUAAUUUUGAAAACUGCAGCUUUAUCAGGUUUACCUAAAUCUAUUAAUGCCCUUAUGUUAUUAAAGAGUGUAACUCCAACAAGUAUUCGUGCAAGUGAUUUACCAGAACGGAAACCAAUAGUUCAUCCUGGUAGAAUAUUAUCAUCACUGAUUGUUGGAGAAGAUGCUGAAGGAACACACUUUGAUGAAAAAUCAAAUGGUAAGAAAACUACUGAUACUAUUGAUGGACCAAUAUCUUCAAGUUCAAUUGAUGUUAAAGAAUUUACGAAUAAUUUAGCUAGAGGUUCUGAUUUUUGGAAUAGUAUUUAUACCAAUAAAAUUAAUACUAGAAUCAGAAGACAAAUGAUGAAUGCUUAUCCUGAUUUAUGGUAUUAUGCUUAUCAGAAUGUUUAUACUCCUCUCUUAAGUUUUACAGAUAUUCUUUCUUCUCGUGAAACUUCCAUGUGUACAGUAGCCAGUUUGAUUCCUCAAGAUGUUAAUCCUCAAUUAAAGGGACAUUUAAAAGGUGCUCAUAAUUUAGGUGUUAGUAAAGAUGAAUUAUCAGAAUUAAGAUCGUUAGUAUUUGACAUUUGUGAUUGGAGUGGUAAUGUUCAUUGGAAAGACGGUAAAGAUAGUGUAGCUAAACUAUGAUUAAAUACUCUACAAUGUCUCUACUCAAAGGUUAGGUUA